AUGAAUGGUAAUGGGGAGACUUUAACUCGUGGUGAUUAUCCAUAUCGUCGGCCAUACGGAUGGAAACGUUAUGCAAUUAAAGUGGUUGGCAAGUAUGAAGAUGAAGCCUGGCUUGGCUCAAACAAUAGUCCUAAUGAAUGGCCAGUGUCCUAUCAUGGAACAAAACAUGAUGCAGUAAAUUCAAUUGCACAGAUCCGUUAUGAUCUAACAAAACAGAAACGUUUUGCUCAUGGUCGUGGGAUUUAUUCAACGCCAGACCCCAAUGUAGCAAAACAAUUUGCUAAAUCGUUUACCACAGAUGGACAACAAUAUCUCGUUAUUUUGCAAAAUCGUGUCAAUCCAAAAAGUUUAAUCAAAUUAUCUCAUGAAGAAACUGGAAAUGGUGAAUACUGGAUAUCACCCGACACUGCUGAUAUUAGACCAUACGGAGUGUGUAUAAUGAAGAAGUCGUGA